GGCCGCUGCUGGCCGUCGGGGGAAAGCUAUCAAUGAUAUCUCCCCUUCUACAAGUUUACCACCUCUUGUGGAAGGACAGCUGCGCUGCUUUCUGAAACUGACCGUUAGCAAAAUCCUAUGGUCGGUCGCCAAGCCACCACCUUCCUCCACCGUUCGGGUGAGGUGGUGGGGAGAAACCUCCAAUGGUACCAUCUUCGUUCCCCGGGAUGCUUCCCAGUCUGAGCAAAAAAUACUGAAAACCACUACCUGCUACCCAGUGCGAUGUGGACCAAAGCAGUUUGCAUCUUACCUGACAGAUAUGGGGGCUCUUAUCUUGGAAGUAAUGACCAAACCAGAUCAUCUUCCAAUUGGACGGGUUCAAAUCAAAGGGCUAGCACAACUCUCUCCGAGCCACCCAAUCAGCGGAUUUUUCACCAUCGUUUCACCGUCAUCUGAAAAGAUGGGAGAGCUGCAGAUAUCGCUGUUUCUUGAACCCCUGUCUGAUGUGUACGAAAGCAGCAACUCAGUCCCAAACUCAGACAUGAACAGGAGCAAAGAUGCUGCCGACCUGAGCCACAGCCUUGCUCCGUCCCCGCUUCAUCGGCCAGCCAGCACCCAUGUUCCUGGCAGAGAGUCUGUGGGCAGCAGCAGAGCAACUACCCCCAGGGGAAAAGAUCACUUAUACUUCCAAGAGAAUUCUGAGAAUAUCAAAAGAAGUACUUCUGGAUCUCAACACCACCUGAAUGAUAUCCUGAAUGCAAAUGAUCCCAAGGCACAAAGAAUGUUUCCCAACAGCUCUGAUCAAGAUGUGCAAAUUAAGUUAGGCAAGAAAAGCACACUUCCCAUCCGGAUUCUUUCUUGCAACAAUCCAGCCACGAAGGAUCUCCUUUCAGCCCUUUUGGAUCAAGGCAACAGGCUGCGAAAUGCUAUGGCUGUAUCUGCAAUGAAAUCUAGUCCGGAUCCUGUCACAGAACUGUAUGAAGCUCAACCUUCUGUAAAGCAGGACUUCUCCCAACAAUCUGGACAAACGCUUAAGAGACUGACUCCUGGCCUCAUAUGCGAAGACCCUCUUCAGCCAUUGCAUGAAUGCUCAGAAUUUGAUUUGGAUGCUGAAAAGAAAGCAGUUGAGAUCCUGUUGGGCAACUCUGAUUUUUCUCCAGUCCGUCUUGUGGGUGGUGCAGGCUCUCCUCCAGGAUCUCUUUCCCCCGGGAGCCAGUUUUAUGACAGUGAAUUGAAUGACCCCCACUACGACCAGAGUCUUUUAGAAAAUCUGUUCUACACCGCUCACAAGUCUGACAGCAGCUUAAGUGACUUCCUUAGUGAAGAGGAGGAGGAGGCUGCUUCUUCUGGAAAACCAAGUCGGCCUCAGGACAGAAAACCUCAGAGGUCACCGAAGGCUUUGGAGUUGAGUCCUCGUGGGCAGCAAGAGAAGGCCUCAGAGACCAGAGCCAGCAGUUCACUUGCUAAACCCAUUCCUCAUCAGACUUCAGCGGAGUCCACAGAUGAAACCCAAGCCAUAAGUUUGAGCCUUGACAGACUGGCAAUGCUGGGUCGGAUCCGUUUGGCUAGAGUUGUCAUUGAGAGCUUAAGAGGGGUCCCUCCUGAAGACAGCGCUCAGGAUACCCCCAGCAAAAAGAGUUCCUCUGGAAAACCGCCCAGGCCAGCUUUGGCUAAAAAGAGGACGUUCUUUGUUGAGUAUCACUUUCCAGUAGGAGCUUCAAAGAAUGGGAUAGGCCAGACUGCCGUAACUACAGAAAUAGUUCGGGUGGCUUCAAGUAAAUUCUCAGGGGAAGGGGUGAAGUUUCAGCAACGCUAUGUAUUCCCUGUUCACUUCAGUGGCUCGAUGAUCACCCAUUGGUGGAAGUCGCACCUUGAAUUUAACUUAUUUUUGAAAAAAGGCACACAAAGAAAGCCAGUGUUGAUUGGCUCAGCAGCUUUUCCUCUGCAAGACGUACUUCGGUCUGAGGACUUAAGUGUCAGCCUUGAAUUACCAGUGAAAGAAGAUGGCGUUCCAGCCCAAUUUGGACCUUUAAAGGUGUCAAUGGAGCUUGCAGCUGAUAACAAAGAUUUCUCCAAUACCAGAGCAACCAGCACAGCACUAAGAGCUCCUAUUAGUUCCAUCAGGAGCCAUGGCACAAUUUUUCAAGAUUCUGAGAGAAGCCCCUCUUCUACCAAAAGCCCUCAGCCUGCCAAGCAAAGUAACUGCCAAGUCCCAGUGAGAACUGAAGAUCCUUUGCCUGCCACUUUUGAAAGGCCCCCAAAGGAUGUGAGUCAGCAGCCAGUCCCUCUGCCUGUCUCCCGGAACCUCCUGACCCAGAUGAGCGCCUUGGAAGAGGAAGGGUUGCUGCUCCACGUCUUUUUGAUGGUCUCAGAGGGGCAGAUCACUCUUCCUCCAAACGUUGGGCUGGACAGCUCUUGUAACAUGUAUUUAAUUUGCAAGCUCUUUAGCACCGAAGAAGCUACGAGGUCUGCCAUCAUAUGGGGAACUGUGCAACCCACCUUCCAUUUUUCUCAGGUUACCCCAGUUUCUCUGACAUCAAAACAUCUGGAGAGGCUGAAGAACAACGUCAUGGUGAUUGAGGUGUGGAAUAAGAUGCUCAGCCCUGGAGGAGACAGGCUGUUAGGAUUGGCGAAGCUUCCCCUACAUCAGUUCUAUGUUUCAUUCAAAGACCCCAAGGUUUCCAGCCUGCUACUACAGGCUCAGUAUCCUGUGCUGGCAGUGGACGGCCCCAUGCCUGUGGUUGAUGUCUUCACUGGUCAAAAGAACGGGAGCCUGAAGGUCAUCUUAGCCAUGGGUUCUGCUGAUCAGGUGUUGGCGCUGCAGAGGCUCAAGAAGGAAGAAGGAACGGCAUCUCCGAGUGUGCUGCGCCCACCACACUCUCUAGAUCCUCUCCCUGCGCCCUCCCCAAAGCUGUCAAACAGAGAAAAGGAAGGACUGGUGGAACAUAUCUUUGAGAUCCACAUCAAGGGUGUCAAAGGCCUCACGCCCCUCCAGUCCACCGUCUGGGGAGAAGCAGACUGUUACGUCCAGUACCACUUCCCUGUUCAAAAAUCAGAAUCUGAUAUGCUCCAUCAGGCAGAGUUAAGCGAAUGGGACCUUGAGUUAAAGGCUUUCCGUACGUCAACAACUUUGUGUGUUCCCGAUCCCACCUUCAACGAUGAGCACCAUCACUCUCUGCUGGUCCCAGCUGACAUCCCAGUUCAGCGGUUGCUGCUCAGCGCUUUCUCUGCCCAGAGCUUAGCCGGAGAAGGGGGAGGAAUUCAUUUCGAAAUCUGGUGCAGGUAUUACUAUCCUAAUGUCCGGGAUCAGAUGGUUGCCAGAGGGAGCCUGGCCCUCUCACGGCUUUGCGCCAUGGUGACCAUGCAGCACCGGCAGGACGUGGGGAUCCAGACUUUCCGCCUGCCUGUAAUGCCAAGAGCCGGCAGCUCAGGGGAGCUCCAUCCUCCUUCCUCAGGUUUGCUUGAAGUGAGCGUAAAAUACAGACACGCCCUGAAAAUAACAGAAGGCCUUCUGGCGGCUCAGACCGUUCCUAUUUCUGUCCAAAUACACGCAGCAGCUGGACUGCAAGCAGCAGCUAGAGCUGUGGCGAAAAAGUACCCUUCAUUCCAAUACAGUGCAGAAAUUGGGCUCAACACCUACGUGUCGAUACACAUUCCCUUUCUUCCUGAGGCGGAGAGGCGCAAGACACGAACCGUGGCUCGCACUUUUUGUCCUGAGUUUGAGCAUCACAUUGAGCUCCCCUGCAGUCUUGUGGUCCAGAGGAGCAGCGGAGAAGCGUGCUGUCUCGGAGAGCUCUUGCAGCUGUCGGAGAUGGUCUUCCGCGUCUACCACAAGCCCCUGAACUCAGCUCCAAAUGCAUCUCAAGCUGUAAAGGAUUGCCUGCUGGGAACUGUCACAGUUCCUACCAGAGACCUGUUGAUUAGAAGAUCAGGUCUUAGAGGUUGGUACCCCAUAAUUCUCCCAGAGGACCUCUUGCCUUCUCGGUGUGCAAAUGUCAUGCAAAGCAUAGUUGGAGGCUUGGACAUUUCAGUUGCAUUUGUUCACUCUGGAGACCAAGAGCGUGUUCUAGAUGCUGCUAACCUUUUAGGCUGGAGUUGGAAGGAAAUCCAUACCAAUGAUAUGUUGGAAGAUAGUGAGAGUGAAUGUCAAUCCCCUUCAACACCAGUCCAUGUGACUAUUUCUACCCCUAGGCUGUGGCUGCCAGUACAGUGCACGUUACUUGCAGGACAAACACGCUUAAGUAAAAGUAUCUAUUGCUACCUUCGCUAUAAAUUAUAUGAUCAAGAAGCCACCUGGACUUCACUCAGGAGGCCAAAAUUAACUGAAGAUGAGAAGCAUGUGACUGUGACAUUUAAGAAACCCAAACAAAUGGAGCUUCAGUCGAGUCCAGCAUUAUUAUGGUACUUCAGGGAAGAAAAACUGGAAUUCCAGGUGUGGCGAGCUUAUGGGAAUGACUGCAAUAUGGAAAGACCACUGGACACUGAUCGCUUGAUCGGAUCAGCAUAUGUGGACCUGGCACCACUUACGGACAGCUCACGAAAGAAGAAAACAGUUAGUGGUGUCUUUCCCUUGUUCCGACGAAAUGCUGCCAACUUGGGGGGAGCUGCGCUACGCAUUCACGUUGCAGUGACUCCCACUGAUCCAUGCAGCGGACCUGGGAACACUGAAGAUGGCAGGGACGGCAGCAGCAGCAGUGAUGAAGAAGAAGAAAAGAAGGGAAUGGAGCAAGACUUGGAAGUCCACUUGGAACCAAAUCCUUCUGUGGCAGAGACCCUCAGGGAGGAAUCUUCUGUGAACGAUCUUGAGAAGACGUUUGCUGUUAGUAUUCUUGUGGAAAGAGCCAUGCACUUGAGCUUAAAAGGGAGUCCUCUUGCUGAACGGGGAGUAACUUCUCCCAGUAGCUAUGUAUCUUUUGUUGCCACUGACGUCGAUAAUCCUAUUACCACAGAAACAGUGGAAAAUACAGACUCACCUGUUUGGGAUUUUCAGCAACAGACUAGACUCUCCAAGGAACUUCUGUUGGAUUCACAGAAAACUCUGGUCUUCAAAGUAUGGCAUAAAGCAGAUAUUGAACGAGUGAUAGGAUUUGCAUCCGUGGACCUCUCCCCCCUGCUCUCUGGCUUCCAGUUCAUCUGCGGCUGGUACAACAUCACAGACUUCAGCGGACAGUGCCGAGGGCAGAUCAAAGUUGCCGUCUCCCCGCUUGAAAAUAUAACUCAUCUGAAAGAAGAAAGGCAGGCAAGAAGCUGUCAGACAAAAGCAUCAGGAUCCUCUGCAAGGGGCGUGUAUCCUGCAUUCUCACCCUUCUCCACAAGAGGCACUCCCAGACUUUCAGGGUCUCCACUGAAGAGCCCAGGAGCUUCCAGUCAUGAGAGCAGGACUGAAUCCCGUUACAAAGAGCAUGUGCAGAAUGUCCGCCGGUUCCACACAUCAUUACAGCAAGCAGAAGAGAACACACACCAAGUUGGAAGGCUCGAUUCACUGUCCCUUUCCUCACAUACUUCCCUUUUCAGAGCUCUCAGAAAAAAUCUGAAUGAGCUUGAUGAGAUCCAGAGAUACUUCAGUGGAAAACUCACCAGGCCUUUCACAGACUCGGGUGCUCCUUGUAGCACCACGGAUGGGCUUGGCAUCCAGAGACCUGCUUCCAAGGGGGUAGAUGCAGGAGACCAUCUGUGGAAGAAGCCCAUCCAUCAGAUUUCUCAAGUUAGCCAGAGUGGCGAUCUAUGGAAUAAUAUGAUGAACAAUCCUGAAGAGUCCUCAGAUGCUCAUGAAGAUGGUAAGAGAUUCUCAAGUGCUAAUCAGGCCCUCCUUGAACAGGAAAAUGGAGCCACCAGGACUGAGAUGCUCAAAGGCCCCUUGAGCAAUGAACUCUUGAAUGCCAGUGUAGAUGAAGAACCUUUAUUCACUCUUGGAAAAUCCUCUUCUGCAAGAGGCAUGCUGUAUGAAUUCCUUGAACCAGCUAGCUCCCAAAGACUCCUCCCUUCAUAUGUACAUGGUGUCCAGAGAGAGGAAAACACUGCUCAGUCCCACAGUGAGGAAGAGUACGAAGAGGCCAUUAUAGAACCAAGAACUCUGAAUGAAAUCACCACAGUGACAGACAAAACCAGUCCCUGGUCCAGCUUUGUCUCUGAAGCAGAGCAGGAACCAGGCCAUGAGGCAAGAAUGGCCAAGAAUGGGGAAUAUUUACCGAAAGAGAGCACAAUCAGGAGCAGCUCCGUAUCUAGCAUAGCCCAAGAUGAUCCUCUGAGUGUGCCCAGCACUACUAGGUCCAGUAACAGUCCUUUCAGAGAAGAAGAUGGGGACAAAGCUGAGGAAGAACAAGAUCUUGAAGCUGGGGCAGAAGAGCCCUUCCAGCCUCUGCCCAUCUCAGCUGCAGAGCAGGUAAAGAACAAGCCUGCGGAAAUCCAAAAGGCUGAUCAGGAAAGAUCACUGGAAGUCCAAGAGGAAAGACCUGAGAAAGCACCAUCCACACACAGUGGUGGAGGAGACUUUGUAACAUCACUGAUAGUUGCUCCAGAAGUGGUGGAAGGAAGAGAAAACUUGCACAGUAACCCCCAGCAGGAGGAAGGAAUGAAUGUGAAAGAAGGGGGCCCCCGGCCUUGCCCCGGAUCACAGGAGAUCAUGCAGCAGACUGAGGCCUAUUCUGGAGAGAGUGACGAAGAUCCACCAGAAGAGUCCACUGUGCCUCCAAAGCCCGUGCUCACGUUAUCUGAGCCCAUUAUGGUGCCCAACUUCUUCCUUCCCCCACAGCAUCUGGAGGUGUCCAUGAGGCUUCUCAGCACUUCUUCACUGGCUGCUGCUCAUAAAACUGGAGAUUACAGAAGCGACGCUCCAGGAAUUUCUCACCGAAGGCAGACCCAGCACGAGCCGAACCUGUUGCCUUUUGAGCUACCCGAAGAGGAAACGAAAAGAAUUGCUCGGAUCUUUUCUACGCAGUUCUCCAAAAAAGCGUAAAACCGGGGCCAGCAGGACUG